AAAUAGAAAAUAAAAAUAAAUUAAUGCUAUCAGGCGUUUUUUUUUUUUGCAUUUAUAAAAGCUUCCCGUCAGAAUAAUCGCCCUCCCUCUCUUUUAACGGGCGGACGCCAUCCCAACAUACAGAGAGAGAGAGAGAGAGAGAGAGGGAGACAGAGCGCUUGUAACCGCUCAUGGUGUUUGCGUUGCAGAUCUUGAAACCCUAGCCUUUUCAUGGCGUUUUAUAUUCAAGAAUCUUGUAUUUUCUUUGAAGGAAGAAGUUCGAGGUGGGCGAGAGGUUGUGUUUGAUCCAUUGUCGGGCGCAUUUCGUGGAGAUUUUCCUGUAACUGAAGAAUUUGUUCGUUCGGCUAUCUUUUUUUCGGUUUUAAUUGAAGAACGUUCUAUUUUCUGUUUUUGCUUCGCAAGUCUUUGGCGUUUCCAGUGGGUUCUUGCUACUUUUAAUCAGAUUUGGUUGUGUUUUGCUCUGCAUUUUUUCGGUUGCUGGUGGUUUAGGCUCAGGUUUUGUUGAUUUUGUGGAGGUUUUGGUACAAUCUUAUCGUUUGAUGCGUUGUGUGAGAUUCGAACGGAUUGAGUUUGAGAAAUGAUGAGUUCAGCAAUGGUUUAAAUGCAUAUUCGCCUAGGAUGGAUGAACGUGGUGGGUCAUUUGUCGCUGUCAGAAGAAUUUCUCAGGGUCUAGAGCGUGGCAACACCUGCCAUUCAACGUCUGCUGAGGUUGUGGCAGGAUCAGCAGCAUGGCUUGGCAGAGGUCUUUCUUGUGUUUGUGCUCAGAGAAGAGAGAGUGAUUCUCGCCUUUCAUUUGAUUUUACUCCAGCCCAGGAGGAAAGCUUGCAAAGGCUCCAGAGCCGUAUAGAUGUUUCCUAUGAUAGUGCAGUCCCUGAACAUCAGGAAGCUCUAAGGGCUUUGUGGAAUGCUGCCUUUCCUGACGAAGAACUUCGUGGUUUAAUAUCUGAGCAGUGGAAGGAAAUGGGUUGGCAAGGAAAAGAUCCUUCCACAGACUUUAGGGGUGGUGGUUUUAUAUCAUUGGAGAACUUGUUAUUCUUUGCAAGGAACUUUCCGGCUUUCUGUUUAUUGCACAAGGGCACUGAUUUUUUUCCCCUCAUCUACAAGGAAGGUGACCGUUCGGUUUGGGAAUACCCAUUUGCCGUGGCUGGCGUGAACAUCACAUUCAUGCUCAUACAAAUGCUCGAUCUUGAGGCGGUAAAACCACGGACACUGGCAGGAGCAACCUUUUUGAAGUUCCUUUCAGAAAAUGAAUCAGCGUUCGAUCUUCUCUAUUGCAUUACGUUCAAGCUGAUGGAUCAUCAAUGGCUUGAAAUGCGUGCAACAUACAUGGACUUCAAUACGGUGAUGAAAUCCACUCGUCGGCAGCUGGAAAGAGAGCUUAUGCAUGAAGAAAUGACACGGCUUGAAGACUUGCCAUCUUAUGCCCUUCUUUCACGAUAGCAUGGCUAUCACGAGAGUUGGAAUGAUAAGUCUACGAAAAGCAAGGAGUUUGCAUCAUCGAAUGAUUUUCUUUCUUUUGGAUGAUCUCUGCCCCUCGUCUGCCUUUGAUUUUUUUUUUUUUGACUAGCUAAUUCUGUUUUUCUAGCUACUGCUGUUUUUCCACAAUCUGGUGCUCCCAACAAAAACCCUUCUAGGAGCCAUGCUGAUGUCCUCCAAUUUUAUUCGGGAGAAAAAAAAAUGUAGGUUCUACGAGCUUGUAACUUCAAAUGUACUUAACCACUUUGAUUUGCAUCAGGUUUUAAAAGCUGCCAGUUUAUCUCAAAUCAAAGGUAUGAGUAAUAACUAAAUUUAUGUUUUGCUA